AUGCGGUUUAAAAGACUUGUUGACAGGAUUACCAAAAGGACAGAACCACUGUGGCCUUGGGCCAUGUUCUUAGCUGUGUCACCUGACCCUUCAAUUCAGCUCACAUCUGAUUGUGCUGUGCUAUAUGAGUGUGAAAGUACUAAAGAAUACAGGAAGGGCUUCAACAGAAACACUCACUUACAGCAACUUACACUGGUGGAAAUUAUUAUGAAGACAGUAAAGAAAGAGAGUGGCAUCAGAGUCCAGAGGAGACGGGUCUUGGAUUUAUCUAAGGAGCUGCUCAUCAAGCUGUUAGGGCUGCAGACACUGCCCGCUGAGAUGACAUCCCACAGGAUGGCCGCCCCGGGUAGGAGUGAGGUGCUCCUCGGGCCAUAG